CCCAGCAACCCCAACGCUCAGCACAAGCUGGCUUCUUUCUCUUCGAGAGUGUUUCCCAUUUAAACAAACACAGUGCUGAAGAUGGCGGAGAGUUAAUAGGGAAAGGAAGAAGCUAUUGGUGCGCUCACAGAGAUAUAUCUAUUUGGGUAGAAUACCAGUAGACCAGUCCAGGACCAUUAUCUGCAGGAGAGAAAUAGUCUCGUCCACUCUAGGCUCCGUCACAAGGUCGCUCUGCGUUGACGGGCUCUCAUUUUCACUCAGAAAAUAAGAGGGACCCAAUUGAACUCUAAAAAGGAUGUGAAGUUCAAUGACGUUGGAUUUCAUAAUUUAUACUCUGCUGAAGAGGUGCUGAUAUGUGUACACGAUGAGCGGACUGGGGGACAACUCCAUGGAGCCUCUGAGCUCGGAAAACCGAAAACGCAAGCUCUCCAUCUGCGACACGCCCGGUCUGGGGUGUGAGCGGAGACGGCGGGAGCAGGAGACUAAAUACAUCGAGGAGCUGGCCGAAUUGAUCUCUGCCAACCUCGGUGACAUCGACAGCUUCAACGUCAAGCCAGACAAGUGUGCCAUCCUCAAGGAGACAGUGCGCCAGAUCAGACAGAUAAAAGAGCAGGGCAAAGCGUCCUCCAAUGAUGACGAUGUACAGAAGUCGGACGUGUCCUCCACGGGACAGGGGGUCAUAGACAAAGACCACCUCGGGCCGCUUCUGCUUCAGGCCCUGGAUGGUUUUCUGUUUGUGGUGAACCGGGAGGGCAGCAUAGUGUUUGUGUCUGACAACGUGACCCAGUACCUGCAGUACAAACAGGAGGAGCUCAUCAACACUUCCGUCUACAACAUCCUCCAUGAGGACGACAGGGAGGAGUUCCACAAGAACCUGCCCAAGACCAAUGUUAAUGGGGUGUCCUGGGGUGGGGAGGCGCCACGUCAGAAGAGCCACACCUUCACCUGUCGCAUGCUGGUCAAGUUUGGCCACACCCACGGACCUGUGGAGGAGGGACCAGGAGGGCCGCGCUACGAGACCAUGCAAUGCUUCGCCUUGACCCAGCCCAAGGCCAUGAUCGAAGAGGGGGAAGACCUGCAGUCGUGUAUGAUCUGUGUGGCCCGUCGUGUGACUGCUGUAGAGAGAACAGAGAGCUUCAACACCCGGCACGAGCUCUCAGGUAAGCUGAUCCAGAUAGACCAGAACUCUCUGCGUGCGUCAAUGCGUCCUGGCUGGGAGGAUCUGCUGAGGCGCUGUAUCCAGAUGUUCCUACAGCACAGUGACGGACAACCCUGGUCCCACAAACGCCAUUAUCACGAGGCUUUCCUACAGGGUCACGCUGAGACCCCCCUGUACCGUUUUUCUCUCUCGGACGGCACCCCUGUCACGGCCCAGACCAAGAGUAAGCUGUAUCGCCACCCCAUGAGCAACGAGGCCCAGGGCUUCAUAUCCACCCACCUGCUACAGAGGGAGCAGCAUGGCUAUCGCUCUGCCCAGGGCGGGGGCAUGAUGCCAGGGCCUAUGAGGCAGCAGGGCAUGGGGGGCCCCAACCCCAACGCCCAGAUGAACAUGCCCCCUGGUGGAGGUAUGGGGGGUAUGAACCGGGGCUACGGGCCCAUGAACGAACAGAGCCACAUGGGACAGAUGGGAGGGGGUUCAAUGUACGGAGGGAAUGGAGGUGGUGGUGGCGGCAGGGGAGGCAUGGGCAACAGAAUGAUGCAGAUGAAUCAGAUGAAUCAGUUGAACCAGAUGGGCCAGAUGAACCAAAUGAAUCAGAUGGGUCAUCAGAUGAACCACACAGGUCCAGGGAACCACCCUGGCAUGCAGCAACAUCAGCACCCCCAGCAGCAACAUCAGCAGCCCCCCUUCCAGAGCAGUGGGGGGUACGGACUGGGGGGUAUGAACAGCCCCUUGGGGAGUCCCCGGAUGAUUGGCCCCCAGCAGGGGCUCCUGAUGUCCCCCCGAAACCGAGGCAGCCCCAAGAUGGGUGCCAGUCAGUACUCACCUGGAGACAUGCACUCCCCCAUGGGCCCUCAUGGAGGAGGAGGAGGUACCACCUCUUUCUCCAGCAGCUCCCUCAACGCCCUGCAGGCCAUCAGCGAGGGGGUCGGGAGCUCCCUCCCCUCCACCCUCACCUCUCCCUCCCCGGCCAACAAACCAGACAGCUCCCCCAGCGUCCACUCCUCCUCUCAGUCCACCCAGCCCAGUCACCCUGCCAAAUCCGGCCCGGAUGACUCCAAAAGCCCAACAGGAGGCCUGGGUCCUGCGCCCAGCGUGCACCCCCUCCACCAACACCAUCACCACCACCCACACCACCAGUCCGAGAGCUCCGGAGACAGGUUGGACAGCCAGGCCUCGGCAGACAGCAAGGAGCCCAGAGAGGGGGCCAUCGAGGCUGGGGUGAGCUCAGAACCCACCCGGAGAGUCCCAGACGGUAAGGGUCAUAAGAAGCUGCUGCAGCUGCUGACCUCCCCCACUGAGGAGCUGGGGUUAGGGGGAACUGGCUCCGCCUUGCCCUCUAUACCUCCCCCACCAGGCAGCAGCAACACCCCAGCAGGGUCCGACACCAAGGACCCCACAGGAAGCAUUUCCAGCCCUUCCUCUACUGGAGUAUCCUCCUCUUCCUCAGCCUCCACCAAUCAGGGCCAGGCGUCGGGCACGGCUCUGGCCAAUGCUCUGGCCUCUGCCCACUACACGGCGUCGCUGCAGGAGAAGCACAAGAUCCUCCACAAGCUGCUGCAGAACAGCAACACACCCGAUGAGGUGGCCAAGAUCACAGCCGAGGCCACUGGCAAAGUGACCCUGGGUGGCCAGGAAGUCCCAGGGGAGGUGGGGGCUGGAGGAGCAGGAGGAGUGACAGAGCCUAAGCAAGAGCAGCACAGCCCCAAGAAGGAGAAGACCCACGCGCUCCUCCACUACCUCCUCAACAAGGAUGAUACUAAAGAGCCAGUGGAUGUGAAACCCAAGCCUGAGGAGCUGGAAGGAAAGGGGCCCCCAGGAGCCACUGCCGGCCCCCCACCCAGAGGCCCUGGCGCUGGACCCGGCCCAACAGCUGAACACCCAGAGAGCAAGAUCAAGUCAGAGCCGCCUGAUGAGUUGGACAACCUGGAGUCCAUCCUGGGAGGUUUGAGGGGUUCUGGCUCUGAGUUCUACCCCGAGCAGGGAGGAGGAGGGAACAAGGCGCAGGGUUGCCUCGACGAGAACCUGCAAGGGAGUUCGGGGAUGGCCCCUGGCCCACGAGGGCCCUUCCAGAGGGCCAUGUCAGCAGACGCCAAGCCUGGAGUGGUGGGGAGGCGCCCCAUGCUCAUCAAACAAGAGAACAUGAUGGGCAGCCCAGAAGGAUACCCAGGGAACAUGGGUGUUUGUCCGCGAGGCGUUGGAACAAGGCCGAUGAACAGGGGCAUGGGGGUUUCCCAGCGCUCUCCCAUGGGGGGGUCAGGGGAUUGGGGGAUGCCCCGCUCCUGUGCCAGCCCCGUGGGCUCAGCCGGUCACCCCUCCAUGAGCCGUCCUGGUAUGGACUACAACUCCAAAGGCAUGAUGGGAGGGCCCAUGGUGGGAAGGUCCAACAGUGUUCCUGGCACCAGAUCCAUGCUGCAGCAACAGCUAAUGGACAUGGGAGGUUCUGGUGAGAUGGGGAUGAGUCCGUUCGGUCAGCAGGUCCAGCCCAACCAGUCUCCGUCCUGGUCUGACAGUGUGAUGGGAAUGGAGGGAAACCACAGCAGGCGUCAGUUUGGAAACACCCUGGAUGAGCUCCUGGCUCCGCCCACCACCAGCGAGGGCCAGAGUGAUGAGCGGGCGCUGCUGGACCAGCUGGACUCUCUGCUCAACAACACGGACGGCAUCGCACUGGAGGAGAUCGACCGGGCCCUGGGCAUCCCCGACUUGGUCAGCCAGGGCCAGGGGCCAGAGCAGCAUGGUGAGCCCUUCCCCAGCCAGGAUCCUUCCAUAGUGCUGGAGCAGAAGCCUCUGUACGGCCAGGGCUACCCCGGACCCCCCUCAAUGGCCAUGCAGUCAGCCUACGGGGGGAGCCCUAUGCAGGGCCAGCCCCAACAGGGUGGCUUCGGCCCCAUGCUCUCCCAGAUGGGCCCAGGGGGCAGCUUCCCAGGGAUGGGAGGCAUGGGGGGUAUGGGUCACCCCCGUGCUAACAUGAUGAGACCCAGGAUGAUGAGCGCCACCAAACCCAUGAGGCUCCAGCUGGCGCAGAGACUACAGGGCCAACAGUUUAUGAGUCAGACUCGGCAGGGGAUGGCCAUGAAGAUGGAGAACCCUGGAGCAGGCAACCCUGCCUUGAGGCCGGGUAUGCAGCCUAGCAUGGGAGGACAGCCUGGCUUCCUGAAUGCCCAGAUGAUGGCCCAGCGUAGCAGGGAGAUGGUGACCAUGCAGAUGAGGAGACAGAGGAUGAUGAUGCUAAUGCAACAGCAACAGCAGCAGGCGGCAGCAGUGGCCGCCGCAGGGGGGUUCAGCCCCCCUCCCAACGUCACCGCCCCCACCGGCAUGGACACCCCUAUGGGAGGCCCCAACCUGGGCCCCCAGCAGUUUGGCUACGGGGGAAACUACGGUAUGGCCCAGCAGGGUGACCCGUCGUUUGGCCCUGCGGGCAGCAGUCCCCCCAGCACCAUGAUGUCAGGCCGCCUGGGUCCUCAGAAUCCCAUGAUGCAACAGCAUCCCCAGGGCGGACCCAUGUACCAGAGCACUGACAUGAAGGGCUGGUCUCAGGGAGGCAUGGCCCGUAACAGCUCGUACCCCCAGCAGCAGUUUUCCCAACAGGGCAACCCGGGGCAGCAGCAGUUUGUCCAAACGGGCAACCCAGGACAGUACGGGGGCAUGAUGAUGAAUGGGGGCAUGCCUUCCAAUGGAGGGGGGGGCCAUAUGGGGCAGAUGGGGAUGAACCCCAUGGUGAUGGGACGUAUGCCGAUGGGGCCUGAUCAGAAAUAUUGCUGAACCUGAGACAGACGAGUGUGGUGGAACAGAACAGACUCACUGUGAUCCUUUCAGAGAGAUGAGUGCAGUGAUGUGUGUGUGUGUGUGUGUGUGUGUGUGUGUGUGUGUGUGUGUGUGUGUGUGUGUGUGUGUGUGUGUGUGUGUGUGUGUGUGUGUGUAGUACUCUACUCCCACCAGUUGGGGUUGCUGCUCUCUGGACUCGAGGCAAGUGUUGGCAGUCUCACAGCUGGAGGAAAAUAGACAGAGGACACACUAUUCUACUCUCACUUCUUGUACAUGACACAUCCUAUGACACACACCAACACACACACCCCAAAACAUCCAUGUAUCUAAAGACACAAUGUGACACACAAACACACACACACAUACACAAACUGACGGAUCGAAAUUAGAAGACAUCCUCUCUCUCGUGGGAUGUGACUACCAUCAUGCCAAGUUGCCAUCCAGUCUCUGAAUCCACACUUAAUUAAUUAAAUAUAUAGUCCAUUGUUGGAGAAGGUGGGAGUUGAUUGUAAUCACUGAUACAUGGUCAGCUAUUUUUACAUCCUCCUAAUGAUUAAGAUUAGGGAACCCUGAUCCUAGAUCUGUGGUUAGGGGCAACUUCUACCUCUAUAAGCUAUAUUACUAUACUGAUGAGCAGACAUGUAGUCAAUAGCAUAUAGUCAAUUCAGAAGUACAACACCAGUCAAAAGUUUGGACACACCUACUCAUUCCAGGGUAUUCUUUAUUUAACACUAUUUUCUGCAUUGUAGAACAAUAGUGAAGACAUCAAAACUAUGAAAUAACACAUAUUGAAUCAUGGAGUAACCAAAAAAAGUGUUAAACAAAUCAAAUUAUAUUUUCUAUUUGAGAUUCUUCAAAUUAGCAACCCUUUGAGUUGAUGACAGCUUUGCAGACUCUUUGCAUUCUCUCAACCAGCUUCAUGAUGUAGUCUGGAAUGCAUUUCAAUUAAUAUGUGUGCUUUGUUAAAGUCCAUUUGUGAACUUUCUUUCCUUCUUAAUGCGUUUGAACCAAUCAGUUGUGUUGUGACAAGGUAGAGGUGGUAUACAGAAGAUAGUCCUAUUUGGUAAAAGACCAAGUCCAUAUUAUGUUAAAAUAAGCAAAGAGAAACGACUGUCCAUCAUUACUUUUAUGAUUGAAACUUUAGGUCAGACAGGAAAGGAAGCUCCAGAGUUACCUCUGCUGCAGAGGACAAGUACAUUAAUGUUACCAGCCUCAGAUAUUGCAGCCCAAAUAAAUGCUUCACAGAGUUCAAGUAACAGACACAUCUCAACAUCAACUGUUCAGAGGAGACAGCAUAAAUCAGGUGUUCAUAGUCGAAUUUCUGCAAAGAAACCACUACUAAAGGAUACCAAUAAAAAGAAGAGACUUGCUUGGGCCAAUAAACACAAGCAAUGGACAUUAGACCGGUGGAAAUCUGGCCUUUGGUCUGAUGAGUCCAAAGGAGGAGGAGAAGGUGUGAUGGUGUGGGGUGCUUUGCUGGUGAUACUGUCAGUGAUUUAUUUAGAAUUCAAGGUACACUUAACCAGCAUGUCAUCCCAUCUGAUUUGCGCUUAGUGGGACUAUCAUCUAUUUUUCAACAGGACAGCUACCCAACACACCUCCAGGCUGUGUAAGGGCUAUUUGACCAAGAAGGAGAGGGAUUGAGUGCUGCAUCAGAUGACCUGGCCUCCACAGUCACCCGACCUCAACCCAAUUGAGAUGGCUUGGGAUGAGUUGGACCACAGAGUGAAGGAAAAGCAGCCAACAAGUGCUCAGCAUAUGUGGGAACUCCUACAAGAUCGUUGGAAAAGCAUUCCAGGUUGGUGAAGCUGGUUGAGAGAAUGCCAAGAGUGUGCAAAGCUGUCAACAAGGAAAAGGGUGUCUACUUUGAAGAAUCUAAAAUAUACUUUGAUUUGUUUAACACUUUUUUGGUUACUACAUGAUUCCAUAUGAGUUAUUUCACUGUUAUUCUACAAAAUAGAAAAUAGUAAAAAUAAAGAAAACCCCUGGAAUGAGUAGGUGUGUCCAAACUUUUGACUGGUGCUGUAAGUAAUUAAGAGGCAGCAUACAUACACAGUGGACCUGCAGGAGACUGGGUUAAGGUACGACAGAAAUUAAUUCUAGUUGGCUGUGAUUGCACUUUACGGAAAGGCUGUUGUCAAAAUGAUUGUGGCAAUAUUUAUUGGUCAUAGAGGCCUUUACCCAAGAAUUAAUGCAUAACAGCAAAUCUUGUUAAAUUUUUAUUUUUGUGUUUGUCAGAGGAUGGAGACUAUUAUGAUUAGAAAUGGAUUACUGUGACGAUCAUUAUUCUAAAUGGUUAACCAAUGGAAAGGCAGUAAGCACAGAUUUUGUAGAACACUUUCUUCUGCAGUGUGUUGAUUAUGGGGAUGUUAGUGGAUGAAAAAGGUUCAGAUUAUUAAAGUAGAUCCUUAAAAUGUACUGACCUAUUUCAGAGUGCACAGUUACCCUCAUAUUUAUACAUCUAUUCAUAAAUGUAAAUAAGCAUUUUAAAAACGAAUGUGUAUAUUGUAUUUUUAAGGAGGAAUUUGUAAGAUUUACAUCUUGGUUACCUCAUGGAACACUUAAUAGAGAUUUGUUGCCAGUUAAUGAAUGAGUUGAUUCCUAAAGUAAUCCACACACUGUGAAAGAAAGGGUUUCCCCCAAUUUGAGUGUAUGUUUAUGCAGAUUUCUAGCAAUAAUCCUUCGUCUUGGUUCUCCUGUGAGGGCAAAGUGAAGCACCAUUUACUCAAAGCGAUGGUACUGCAGUAUUAGGAUGUGACUCGUCUCGUUUGGAAUUUUUGCUUUUGUCUGUGAAUACAAAUGUAAAUACGCUUCAAAUGUAUUAUAUAUAUAUAAAUAUAUGCUUUUGUAGGUCACAUACUGUUUUUGCAGAGAUUGUAAGGCUUGAUAUUUAAAGUAUAAUUUUAUUAUUCUGUCGUAGGUCAAAAUAACUUUUAUUUUCAAUACAAAAGGAAGGGGGUCUUUCUUUGAUCAAAACUGAAAAACUUUGGUUCAGUUUGCCUCAGAAAGCUACAACUGCAUCUUUUGUUCUUUCAGAAGCACUUUUUAAAAUGUGUGAUCUAUAAAUCAUAUAUUUCUCUUUUUCAAAGGCAUUUGCAUAGAUUUAGAGGUGCUUGUGUGAUCCUGUCAUUUUCUAUCAAUAGAUGUUUAAUUCAAAAGAGCAAACAAACACACACGAUGCCUAAAAGAGGUGACAUGUGAUUGUGUUAGACUUAGGGGGGUCCAUGUUUCUUACCAGUGUGUGGAUUGAUAUUUUUAGAUAGGGCCCUAUGAGUUCAAUGGCUCUAGUUCCAUUCCUUAUAAUUCCAUACUCUGUUAUUGGCUAGGCUACUUAGCAGCAACUAUGUGCUCACAGAUAGGCUAUUAAAGACCACCCAAAGCCAUUGCAAUAUCAAUACUGCUUUUCUUCCCUUCGAUUGGGCACAGAUGCUGGGUUGUGGUGGUCAGUUUUACUGUAUGUAGGUUUUUGUGUUACGGUCUUCAACACUGCGGUUGGUUCUAUUUGUGGCUUUACUUUUUGAAGUCAGCUCAUAUUUAGGGAGGCUGUCGGGCUACACUAGAUGGUGAUUUGGAUUCCCUCCCUCUCUCUGUCUGAUCCUUGAAGGUUAUUUGGGGACAUUUUACAUGAUUUUAUGUUGAACCUUGAUUUGUCCUUGAUUUUGUAACAUUUUCUGUGAAGCUUUGUGAGAAAUCUGUUUAAGAUGUGCUCAAUCCAAAGAUUUGUGUUUUGUCAUUCUGCAGUGCUUAGAACUCGAUCCUAGAUGGUGCAAGUAAGCUAUUCAUGUGUGCAUUUCUCGGCUGCACACCCUACAUAGAAUAUGUUUGAAUAUAUGUAUUCCCAUUCCUACAAAACAGAGUUAACAUGGGUCUGGUUCUGCUGAAGUGAUUUUAAUCUUGUUUGUGAUUGUUGUUUUUUUGUUUCUUUGUUUUAUCUCUUAAAAUCUAUGGCCAGUUCUAAGUUGUGGUGCUGGAAACGGUUAUUUCAUGAGAUUGACCACUCAGAGAAGAAGCUCUUUAGUGGCACUAACCUGUGUGGUGAUACAAAACUAUCCCGUGGACUCUGAAGAUGACGGAUCGCUAUCUAUCUUUUAACACAAUGGAGAAUGUCUUCAAACUGUUUUAUGGAAACAUCUUGGAAUAGCCUAGAGUGAAUUUUCAGUCUUUAUGAAGUAUAUUGAAAAAGAUUGACCUACCGAAUAUUCAAAAGAACUAUGUUCUGUGCUUUUGCUUUUAAAAAAAGUAUCCCUCUCAAUUUAUCCUUUGAUUUAAAUGAAAAGAGAGGGGAAGAAAAUAUAAAAUGCUUGGGAAAAUAUACAGUCAUAAUUUCAGGAUGUAAAUUACUGUUGCAUUUUUUCUUACUUGUUUCUUGAUGUUAAUAUUGAUGUAAAUACAAAUUUCUAUUUAAACAUUA